AUGAUUUGGAAAACUUCCCUCCCGCUGGCAUUCAUAUGCGCAGCCGUCACUUCGGCUCUUCCAUCCCCUCCCUUGUCGGAUAUCGUGCGUCUGAUCGAAGAAUGCCCCGAAGGUCGUCCAGUCUGUCGUGAAUUCAUCCGGGAGACAUGCGAGGUUAUCACCGAAGUCAAGACUGCGACUGCUCAUCCAAGUACCCUCAAGGUCACCGAAACUAUCACCGACUAUCCCCAUCAAGUAACUAAGACAAAGAUAAAUCACCGCACAUCGACAAUCGUGAAGCCGCCUACCCGCACCACAACUCUCUAUACAACGACAACGUUGACUAGCACUGUCCAUUUAACGGUCACGGAUCUGUCAACCUUGACAAUCACUGAUGUUUCACAUUUCUUCGUGACUGAGUCGAACUACGAAACAGUCACAGUCACAGUGCCAGUGACUAGUCUCGUCACCAAUACCAUAACGGAGACAAUCGCCGUACCUUCUGCCAUAAUCAUUACGGAGUAUUCCACGGACAUCGCCACAAAAACCUUGACCAGCAUCCUCACCGAUUGGUCCACGGCCUACGUGACUGCAUUCAUCACUGAGCCUGUAACUGUCUAUCUCAGUAACCUUCAUUCAGACCUGAGAACUGCCACCAUUACCGAUUAUCAUACCGAGACUCUGACUCUUUCUUUCACUGAUACUGCCACUGAAACAACCACUGAAACUAUCCUAUCAUCAACUACCCAACAGGUGGAUGUAACGACGACCGACACCCAGUCCGAAACUACUAUUCAGACGGACUACCAAACUUCGACUGAUACCAUCCCGGUGACUGUAACCGAUUACAUGACCACAACAUUCACCACAGUCGAGACUGAUGAGAGGACUGUAACCACAACUGCUGUGGUCACGACUGAUGCUCUCGUUUAUAAGAGAGAUAUAAUCGACGGGCGCGCAGCGCCGCCAACUCCCUCUGCUUUAAGGGGCAUCGCCCCAGCUCAUUUAUCGACUGCUUGCUCUGUCUUUAUAGUAAAGGAUUGGACCUCCACAGUGUACACUACUAUGAUACUUCCCGGCCCUACGCGAACUCAAACUAUAACCACUCAUACUCUGGCGCCUAAUUUGCAUACGACUUAUGUCACAAAACUCAUAACUAAUUUUGUGACUAAGACGGCCCCUGGGGCAUUCACAACUGUCAUAACCAAGACGGUCACCGCCGAUAUUAUAAAGCCAGUGACAGUCACUAUUGGGGCUACUUCAACCAUCACCACUUCUUCAACCAGCACGGCUACCAAUAUCGCCACAGUGAUUAUGACAAUAGAGACACCAAUCACAAAAACAGAAACUGUGAUCGCCACUAUCACUAGCGAUCUGGUCAUUCCAUUCACCCUAGAGACAACAGUCCAGGAGACCGCUCCUGUGACCGAGGAUACUACAACUGCUGUCACAACCACUGCAACGACCGAUACCACAACAAUUGAAACCAAUACAGAGACUAUCGAUAUAACGACGAGCCAGACAACCACUCAGAUAGCUGACGUCACUGCUACCCAGACAUUGUCUGUGACGAGCACGGAGACACUGAGCACUAGUAUCUACGUGACAGAGGUUGCCACAAUAACGUCGACGGCUUCUUUCACCGCUACCACUACCGUCCCGAUCGUAGCCCAAACCACUGUUAUCAACACUAUCGACGUUACGAGCAUCGCGUUCACCACCAUUGGCACUGAUGUGACCAUCACCCAAACAGUCUCAGCGACCACCACCGCCACUCUCACCUCUACAACUACCCUAAGUUCUCUGCCUAUAUUUAAUGAGCAAUAA